CCACUCGCUCCCCUCCUCUAGGGUUUGGGAUUUUAGCCGCCGCCGCCGCAUUUGUUCGCGCCUUCGACGAGCCCCAGCCUGCACGCCUCGCCGGAUCUCCGAUGGCCGUGACGUUCGCCGACCUCCACACCGCCGAGGGGCUCAAGGCCCUCGAGCAGCACCUCGCCGGCAAGACCUACGUCUCCGGAGAUACGAUCAGCAAGGACGACGUCAAGGUGUUCGCGGCCGUGCCAUCAAAGCCUGGAGCCGAGUUCCCCAACGCUGCUCGCUGGUAUGAUACCGUCGCCGCGGCCCUUGCUUCAAGGUUCCCUGGCAAGUCAGUUGGAGUGAAUCUGCCUGGAGCAGGUGCGGCAUCGACUGCUGCGGCGGCUGCCCCAGCUGCUAAGGAUGCUGAUGAAGAUGAUGAUGACUUGGAUCUUUUUGGUGAUGAGACUGAGGAAGACAAGAAAGCAGCAGACGAGCGUGCAGCAUCGAAGGCCUCUGCAAAGAAGAAAGAAAGUGGAAAAUCUUCCGUCCUGUUGGAUGUCAAACCAUGGGAUGAUGAGACAGAUAUGAAGAAAUUGGAGGAGGCUGUGCGCAGCGUUCAGAUGGAGGGUCUCACCUGGGGAGCAUCAAAGCUUGUGCCUGUGGGUUAUGGAAUCAAGAAAUUGCAAAUCAUGUUGACCAUAGUUGAUGAUUUGGUGUCUGUGGACAGUCUGAUUGAGGAACAUCUCACUGAAGAGCCGAUCAACGAGUAUGUUCAGAGCUGUGACAUUGUUGCAUUCAACAAGAUUUAAAAGAUCAAUCGGUUAACAUGUUACUACUUAUCCAAAAACUGGGAUUGGUCGAUCUUGAAGCAUUUUUCAUCCCAUCUUAUUAUCCUUCACAGAAAUCCAAGUAUCAGUUUAUUUUGAGUGAUGCCUGUCAUUAGUGCCUGUUUUCUUGAAAUAGUUUGAACUGCAGAGGGGCUUGUAAUGGCGAAACAUAUGCUAUGUCAAAGUACAUCUGUCCUUUUUUUCUUGUGCAAGUUUUGAUGAGUAUGAGGUG